AAUAUUUUCUCAGGUACCAGAUCAAGAUGCUAAAGGCUUGGACUGUCCUCCUCCUUUGCGGCCUCCUGCCCUCCACCCAAGCUCUCACUGACGAUGUCCUUUCGAUGGCCCGGCUGCAUAAGGAUGUCCUGGAGAAUGGCAUCUCAGAUACGCUGGCCAAAGGCAACCUGCUCCAGGGACUCUUGGGGCAAGUGCUUGGUGGAGACCUUCUAGGAGAGAUCCUUGGAGGCCAAGGAGGUCCUCUCGGCUUGGUUGGAGGCUUGGCUGGAGGUGCCCUUGGAGGCCAAGGAGGAGGUCCUCUCGGCUUGGUAGGAGGCUUGGCUGGAGGUGCCCUUGGAGGCCAAGGAGGAGGUCCUCUCGGCUUGGUAGGAGGCUUGGCUGGAGGUGCCCUUGGAGGCCAAGGAGGAGGUCCUCUCGGCUUGGUAGGAGGCUUGGCUGGAGGUGCCCUUGGAGGCCAAGGAGGAGGUCCUCUCGGCUUGGUAGGAGGCUUGGCUGGAGGUGCCCUUGGAGGCCAAGGAGGAGGUCCUCUCGGCUUGGUCGGAGGCUUGGCUGGAGGAGUUCUUGGAGGCCAAGGCGGAGGACCUCUUGGGAUUGUCGGCGGUGCCCUGGGAGGCAAAGGAGGUCUCCUCGGUGGUGUCCUUGGACGUGAAGGUCUCCUUGGCUUGAAGUUGGUGGACGUCGUCCUUCCUAAGGUCUCACUGAAAUUCUUGAAAGGCAUUGGGGUCGGACUGAACAUCUAUACCAAAGUUGCUCUCAAGGGAGAUACGCUUUUGGGUGGGCUGCUGAAUCUUCUGGUGGAAGUGAACAUCACCGCAAAUGCACGUCUGGUCCAGGACAAGUCAGGCACUCCCAUCCUAGUUGUGGAAAACUGCAAGACCAACCUGGGUAACAUUCAGAUCCUGUCUGGGUUCCUUCCACUCAACUUGGACAGGGUCUUGACUAAUCUCCUGAGCAAUGUCCUCCCUGGAGUGCUGUGUCCGGUUGUAGAUCUUGUGCUGAAUAUUGUGAACACCCUUCUUGGCACGGUCAACAGUGUCUGCCCAUUUGGUACACUCGGAAAACUACAUUACACCCUGGCUGGCCUGCCAUGGUUCAGCGAUGAACAACAAAUUGUGCUGAAUCUGAAUGUCUUAGUGCUUGAUAAUGAAGGCAACUCCAUCAAGCUUCCCCCAAGCAAGCUGCCCUCUCUUCCUCCAGCUGGGGACCAGACUUCCCAGUUGCUUCUCUCUGGUGACCUCAUUUCCUCCUUGCUGCAACUGGUGAUGAAGAACGGGCAGCUCAACGUAGACAUCACUGACCAAGCGCUCCGUGGAGCCGUCCCACUGACAACGUCUGCACUUCAAUCUGUGCUACCUCAGCUGUCCCGGCUGCUGCCAACAAGCCUGCCCCUGGUAGUCAAGAUCCGGAUCAGCGACCUUCCGGGAGUGUCUUUGCAAAACGGGAAGCUCACGGUGACCCUCGCUGCUGCCGUUGAUGUUUUCGCCCUCGCAGACUCCGGCCCUGAGCUUCUCUUUGGGUUGAAUGCUCAAAUCGACUUGAGUGGAUCUGUCCGCAUUUCAGGAGCAAAAUUGGCCGUCUCCUUAUCUCUUGACAACGUCAGCCUCAACGUCUCGUCUUCCCAGAUCGGCUCCUUUGAUGUUGCCGUACUCAAAACCUGGAUCACAAACCUUCUCAGAAUUGGAUAUCUGCCUGUGAUCAACGGUGCCCUGGAGAUAGGAAUCCCACUCCCUAACCUCUUCAACCUGAACUUCGCCGCUGGGGAUGUCAACAUUGUUGAUAAUGCAUUGCUGGCGAGCGUGACUCCUAAACUCCUCUAGAGCAGACGUAUCCGCACAGCUGCAGAAAUGAGCUCCGAGGCAGAAGUCUCGUCCGCGCUCCUUGCUGUUCCCGGUGACAUCUUGGCCCAGGAAUCUGACUGCAGAAGAGUCUUCUCUCAUCCUCCUUCAUCGUCUCAUUGAGCUGCAGAGCUGCCUUUAGAAUGACCUCAGCUAUGUUUCCUCUAGUUCUUCCUUGGCAAGAACUCUGGGCUGCUUGUGUACUGUCUGGGGUGCUUAUUGACAUCCUCGCUCAGUAAAAAUAUGUCACUUUCUCAGCA